UUUUAUCCCGCCAAUUUAGUCAAAACAUCACUUUUGAGUGCACUUAAUUUAAUUAAUUCAGGCGAGAAUGGCGAGUAUUCAACAAAAGAUUUUUAAUGAAAUGGUUCAUAAGCUCGGAAUGAACCAAAAUGACAGAUUAAUCAGUAAAGCGAUUGAAAUUAUCGAGUUAAUUAAAGCUAAAUCUAAUGAGAUAUUAAAGCACAUGAAUGAUAAUGCGAAAGUUAUUCUAUGCCUUGAUAUCAGCUGUGAAUUACUCAAUUAUCCAUUCGCAGAAACAAGCUUAGCAAUACAGCAAUCAUGCCUUAAAAAAUCAAUUUACACAAAGAACAAGAAGAUCUUAUUGAAAGUACUGGAUCUCGAUAAAAAGCUGACAAUAGAUGAAGUGAUCAGGAAAUUAGGCAUAACUCAUACAAAUAAUAUCGAGAAGUUAUCAAAAGAGAUAUUUAAAGAUUAUAUGAAGCAGCAAACUUACGAAGAUCAGGAUAUUAAUCCAGCAGUAUUCGUUAUGAGCGUCUAUUUUGCAUGCAAAUACGAAAAUGUUAAAGUCCUCAAAAAGAAUGUCCUUAAUUUAAGUAAUCUAACUCACAGUCAAUGGGGUAUAAUGGAAAAGUCAUGGGAAAAAUGGACUAGCAAUUUUAAUAAGGCUAAAGGCAGCAGUAAAAAGGAAGCUAAGGCUGUAAAAGAGAAUAUACCUGAAAGUAUUGAAGAUGUCCCAGAAACAAUCAAGUCAAAAAGAUCUGAGACUGCAGAAGAGACUUAUGAUGAAUGGGCAAAAAGGAUAUUAGAUAAAGCAUACCAAGAACUCCGUUUAGAUAAGUAAAAAAAAUAUAAAUUUAACAUUUAUUAAUAAUUUUUUUUUCUCUUGAUUAACGUAUAAAGUUAAACUACAUUAUCUGAAAAAUACAGAAUUAUGGCUUUCCAUUUUUUAAAAAAUCUGACUCAAACUCUUUUCGUUUCUUUUCUCUUGCUGUGCAUUACAUGUUGUUGAUACAUAACUUUAUGUAGGGCCUUAUGUUUUAAGGUAAAAGAAGUAAUAAGUAAUAACAAAUUGCAACAAAUAAUAAUUAUAAUAUUUUUUUUUUUAACUUAAAAAUGUCUCUGAAUUAGAAGAUAGCAGACAGAUAAUUGAUUCAAUUAAUAUUAUUAAGGAUAUUACGUUUAACAUAAUUUAUGUAAAAAUAUAUAUAAAUUUGCAUUAGUUCACAUCUAAUGUACAGAUUAACCAACACUAUCGGAACUACUGCUCGUAUUCAUCUUAUUGCUACUUGUUCGACUGGUCGGUGAUGACUUCUUACUAAAUACUGGUAUUUUGGACGGUGUUUUCGGUGUGUUUAAUGGAGCUGAGGAUCGUCGAGCAACUGGAAUCGGUGCUGUUCCUUCCUGUGAUGACUUUUCAAAGUUCUGUCUUAUUUGUUCAAUUUGUGAUAUUCUCUUGACUGGUGGUUCUCGAUGAUUUCCAUUCAUAUUUGUUGAAUUCUCGUAGACAGUUGUUGUAAACUUGAUUUCAGUACUUUGUGGGAUAAAGUUCUUCUCUAUGUGCUUUCGUUCGUUUUUGAGGAAGUUAGCUGUUGAUAAUGGAUCAUUUGUUAAGGUCAUCAUUUUUGUGGAUGUUAAAAUUUGUGGUGAUGUAGACGAAGACUCUGAAGAUGCAUUUGACAUUGUAGAUGAAGUAAGGGUUGCUGUUUCUUCUGAUGUUGCCAUGUCCUCAAUAGCUGAAUCAUCAGCGUUAACACUAGCACCUUUAAAAACAAUUUCUGUGAGGAAUUUGCUCAUUUGGUGUUGAUUAUUAGCACCUUCAUGACUAAUUGUUGUUUUGGAUACGUUGUUAUUAUUUAUUUCGGCAUCAAUGUCUGUAUGAAUUCCAUUCAGUUUCUCUUUGAUUUCUGCCUCAAUAAUCUUCGGUUUAAAAUCAUCUUUCAUCAUCUUAUCUUCUUUCUCGAAAUCAUCCAAGACUUGCAUGUUAAAAUCUAAUUUAACAUCAUCAAUAAAUUGAAUCGACGAUGGUUGAGAGUCUGUGGAAAUCGUAACUACAUUUUCUUUUACAUAAAAUCCAUCUGCAAAUAAAUUAACACGUAGAAAGUAUUAAUCAAUCAAUUUUCCAAUAAACGAUAAAUUAUUAUAAAUGUGGUCGAUCAUGAGUGACCGAUGAAAUCGCAAUUUUGCAGCAUGCAAAGCAUUUUUAAGAAGUAAAAUCCUUCCAGUAAUGAAAUGUUUGAAAAAUAACCGUCAAAAAUUGUUUGAAAUUUAUGCAAAAAAAAUAUUUGAAAAAAAACGGUUAUAGAAAAUUGAGAGCAAAUAAAGUUUUCCAUACAUACAUACGAACAAAUUUGGAUUAAACUAAUCAAAAAGAAGAGCUGCUUACCAUUUUUGAUGAUAGUGGAUGUGGUCGUCAUGGGUUUCACCUCAACAGAUGAGAUCUUAAUGCUAUUGACGCCAUUAAAAUCACUCGAAAA